GAUGCCCGCCCGCUCCGCGCCUCCCCCCCCCGCGCUGCCCCCGGCGCUGCGCCGACGGCUGCGCGAUUUGGAGCGGGAUGAGGAGAGUCUGAGCGAGAAGGAAAGCGUUCAGGAGCAGCUCCGCCUCAUGCGCGCCUUCCUCCGCGCCGACGUCCAGCGCCGUCUGAGCGCCCUCGACGCCGAGCUGCGCUGCCAGGAGCUCUCGGAGGAGCGCUACCUGGCCAAGGUGAAAGCCCUCCUGCGCCGGGAGCUCGCGGCAGAGAAUGGCGACGCGGCCGCUUUGUUCCGCCGCGCGUCCAACGGCUGCGCCAGGAGCGGCGAGGAGGAGUGGGAGCGAGGGGGGGGGGGGGACGGAGCCAUGGAGGUGGAGGAAGCGGCCGCCUGCUCCUCCUCCUCCUCCUCCUCCUCCUCUUCUUCCUCCUCCUCCUCCUCCUCUUCCUCUUCGCUGCUCCCAACGCCGCGGGCUCGCAAAGCGCGGCGCAGCCGAUCCAACGGCCAGAGCAAAAGAUCUCCUGCCAGUUCCCGCGUCACCCGCAGCUCCGGCCGGCAGCCCAGCAUCCUGAGCGCCUUCUCCAAAGGGUCCACCAAAAGGAAAUCGGGGGAGGUGAACGGGGCCGCGAAGCCGGAGGUGAGCGCCGAGAAGGAGGAGGAGGAGGAGGAGGAGCUGGAGGAGAGGGAACAAGACGAGAAGAGGAUUAAAAUCGAAACCAAAGAAGGAUCUGAGACAAAGGAUGAAAUUACUCAGGUUAAAACCUCAACGCCCGCCAAAAGCUGCCCCAGAGCAGAACCGGACCCAAAGACGCCUCGGAAAUCGGAACCCCGCCGCGGUUGGACGUUGGGGGAGGGAGGAGCUCACGGCGCGCCGCGUGUCUUACAGACCACCCCUCCCAAAUGCGUCGACUGCCGGCAGUACCUCGACGACCCCGACCUCAAAUUCUUCCAAGGGGACCCCGACGACGCGCUGGAGGAGCCCGAAAUGCUGACGGACGAGCGGCUGUCCAUCUUCGACGCCAACGAGGACGGCUUUGAGAGCUACGAGGAUCUGCCGCAGCACAAAGUCACCUCCUUCAGCGUCUACGACAAACGCGGCCAUCUGUGCCCCUUCGACACCGGGCUGAUCGAGCGCAACAUCGAGCUCUAUUUCAGCGGCGCCGUGAAGCCCAUCUACGAUGACAACCCGUGUUUGGAUGGUGGGGUGAGGGCCAAAAAGUUGGGGCCCAUCAACGCCUGGUGGAUCACGGGCUUCGAUGGAGGGGAGAAGGCGCUCAUCGGCUUCACCACAGCCUUCGCCGACUACAUCCUGAUGGAGCCCAGCGAGGAAUACGCGCCCAUCUUCGCCCUGAUGCAGGAGAAAAUCUACAUGAGCAAAAUCGUCGUCGAGUUCCUGCAGAACAACCGCGACGUCAGCUACGAGGACCUGCUCAACAAGAUCGAGACCACCGUCCCUCCCGUGGGGCUGAACUUCAACCGCUUCACAGAGGAUUCGCUCCUGCGGCACGCGCAGUUCGUGGUGGAGCAGGUGGAGAGCUACGACGAGGCUGGGGACAGCGACGAGCCCCCCGUCCUCAUCACCCCCUGCAUGAGGGACCUCAUCAAGCUGGCCGGGGUCACCCUGGGGAAGAGGCGCGCCGUGCGGCGCCAGGCCAUCCGUCACCCCACCAGGAUCGACAAGGACAAAGGCCCCACCAAGGCCACCACCACCAAGCUGGUGUACCUCAUCUUCGACACCUUCUUCUCGGAGCAGAUCGAGAAGGACGAGAGGGAGGACGACAAGGAGAACGCCACGAAGCGCCGGCGCUGCGGCGUCUGCGAGGUCUGCCAGCAGCCCGAAUGCGGGAAGUGCAAGGCGUGCCAGAACAUGGUGAAGUUCGGGGGCAGCGGCCGCAGCAAGCAGGCGUGUCUGCAGAGGAGGUGCCCCAAUCUGGCGGUGCGGGAGGCGGACGAAGACGAGGAGGUGGACGACAACAUCCCCGAGAUGCCGUCCCCCAAGAAGAUGCUGCAGGGGAGGAAGAAGAAGCAGAACAAGAGCCGCAUCUCCUGGGUGGGGGAACCCAUCAAGAGCGACGGGAAGAAGGAUUUCUACCAGAGGGUUUGCAUCGACUCCGAGACCCUGGAGGUGGGCGACUGCGUCUCCGUCAGCCCCGAUGAUCCCACCAAGCCCCUCUACCUGGCCAGGGUGACGGCCAUGUGGGAGGACAGAAGCGGGCAGAUGUUCCACGCUCAUUGGUUCUGCCCCGGUUCCGACACCGUCCUGGGCGCCACCUCGGACCCCCUGGAGCUUUUCCUGGUGGACGAAUGCGAGGACAUGCAGCUCUCCUACAUCCACGGCAAAGUCACCGUCAUCUACAAACCGCCGUCGGACAACUGGGCCAUGGAGGGCGGUUUGGACAUGGAGAUCAAGAUGGUGGAGGACGACGGCAGGACGUACUUCUACCAGAUGUGGUACGACCAGGAGUACGCGCGCUUCGAGACGCCGCCAAGCGUGCAGCCGACGGAGGACAACCGAUACAAGUUCUGUGUCAGCUGCGCCCGGCUGGACGAGGUGAGGCACAAAGAGAUCCCCAAAGUGGCCGAACCUCUGGAAGAAGGCGAUGGCCGGCUGUUCUACGGCGUGGCCACCAAGAACGGCGUGCAGUACCGCGUCGGGGACGGCGUCUACCUGCUGCCCGACGCCUUCGCCUUCAGCAUGAAGCCCGCCAGCCCGGCCAAGCGCCCCAAAAAAGAGGCUGUGGACGAGGACUUGCACCCCGAGCACUACCGGAAGUACUCCGAGUACAUCAAGGGCAGCAACCUGGAUGCCCCCGACCCUUUUCGUGUGGGGCGCAUCAAGGAGAUCUUCUGCCACAUCCGCAGCAACGGGAAACCCAACGAGGCCGACAUCAAACUGCGCAUCUGGAAGUUCUACCGGUGAGCGGCGUGGGGGUUGGAAGGGUCCUUGAAGGUCACUGAACCACGGGAAGGUUGUUUUUGGGAGGGUCCUUGAAGGUCAUAGAAGUGGGAGGUGGGGUGAGUUGGAAGGGUCCUUAAAGGUCCUUGAAUUGUAAGAAGGUUGGGUUGGGGUUGAGUUGGGUUGGAAGGGUCCUUGAAGGUCAUAGAAGCGGGAAGUGGGGCGAGUUGGAAGGGUCCUUGAAGGUCCUUGAAUUGUAAGAAGGUUGGGUUGGUUUGAGUUGGGUUGGAAGGGUCCUUGAAGGUCACUGAACCACAGGAAGGUUGUUUUGGAAGGGUCCUUGAAGGUCAUGGAAGCAGAGGUGGGUUGAGUUGGAAGGGUCCUUAAAGGUCCUUGAACUGUAGGAAGGUUGGGUUGGGUUGGAAGGGUCCUUGAAGGUCAUGGAAUGGCAGAAUGGGUUUUGUUGCGUUGGGUUGGGUUGGUUUGGAAGGGUCCUUGAAGAUCAAAGAAUGAGUUGGGUUGGAAGGGUCCUCGAAGAUCAAAGAACCAUAGGAUGGUUAGUUGGGUUGGGUUGGAUUGGAAGGGUCCUUGGAGAUC